CAUAAAUUAUACAACAAUGAAAGAUACUACCAGACGCAUAUUUGAAAAAGAGAACCAGGCUGAAGUUUCUAAUAAUAUAGACAAAAGAACCAAUUAAAAAUCAUUUACAUAAUUGGUUUCAUUGAGUUUGCUAAAUAGAUAACCAAGUAAGAUAAUUUCUUAUUUUUUUACAGAAAUUGAAUUUAAAAGCAUAGAUAUCAAAUAAUAACCUCAACCAUAAAAUUAUUUAACACAAAGAAACCCUAAUGUAUCAAGUCUCCAUUAUCGUCCAGAAGUAAAGUAAAAAACAACAGUUUCUACAACAGAAUAGAUUGUAAUAUAUUAUAUAUUUAAGUUUAGUACUCACCAAUCACUGUAAGAUAGACUACUUCUAUUAGUUAAUGCAAUCACGAAUAUUAAAUUAAGGAAUAGAAGAAUCCUUUAAAUAAAUUGAUUAAUCUUUAUGGAGACAAUAUACUUAUAAAUUAUUAGGCUUAUGAUUCUGUUUAAAAGUUUGAGUUUUUGAAAAAGCAUUCAAUAAGCAGUAAUUUAAGAGCUAAAAUGGUUGAUUGGAUGGUUGAAGUCUUAACCUCAUACAAAUGUAAAGAUCAAACGUUUUUUAUGGCUGUGAGAUUGAUGGAUACAUUUUUACAUUAAACAACAAAAUAACAUGUUCCUCAAGAUUUACAUCUAAUUGGUGUUACAUGUAUGUUCAUAGCUAGUAAGUUUGAAGAAAUUUAUCCAGUAAAAUUAUAAAUAGUUCAUGAAAAAAUAGCACAUAAAAAAUUAUCUAAAGAUGAAAUAAGGGAAAAAGAAAGUUAAAUUGCAUAAGCUUUAGAUUUUAAAUUAGUGGGAACAACAAUCUCAGAAAUUGUCUCAAUGGCGUUAUAAUUAAUCAAUCAACAUUAAAAAAUGCACCAACUUGUCAUAUAUUUAGCUAAAAUAGUUUUAUAUGAUUAUGAACUAAUUAGUUAAUAUAAUUAUUCAUCAUUAUCAGCUGCAUGUAUAAUUGUUGGUUGCAAUCUAUUAAGCCAAGAAUCAAGUGAUGAAAUUGUAAAUAUCUAUUUACUAUUAUUAGAUUCCAUAAAUUUUAUCAGUACUAAAUGUUGAUAAGGAUGAAACAAUAGAAUUAUCAAAUAAAAUAUUAAAUUUAGCCAAAAAUUUUGAUAAGCUAUUUCCUAAUCUGGAAAACUUAAAGAAGUUCAACAAAAAUUCAACGUUAGACAUAAUCAAACUAUAAAAAUGA